AUGAAACAGAAAGUGCACAAAAUCUGUGAGAUUUGUGGCGAUAAAGGGAACGGGCGACAUUUCGGUGCCAUUACUUGCGAUUCGUGUAAAAUAUUCUUCAAGAGGAAUGGCAACAAAAAUCAGGAAUUCAUACGAAACCACGAGGAAAGGGAGGAAAAGAGACAAUUAGUGGAAGAGAAUAGACGUAAACGAAAGCAAUUGAAUAUAAGCCAGAAUUCAUACCCAGAAUCAAAUAAGUCCUCAAAUCCAUCAUCAAUGGUGUCGACCAUAUCUAGUGAUUGUGGUGACAGUGACUCCUUCUUUAAUGAUAUAAUAGGAUGUGUUUUGGAUGUAAACGAAAGGGAACUGAGGGAACAGAUAAUGGAAAUUGAGAAUUAUGUGAAUAAUGAAGAUUUGGAUCAAAAUAUUGAGACAUUGAGUGCCAGACAACUGUUAGAAAAUAUAAACCAAAAGUCACGACAAAUGACUGUCAUUCCUAUGUUUAAAGAGCUCACAGAUUAUAACGGGUUGAGUGGAUUCACUAAUAUAUGUUCCGAUGAUCAGUACACCCUUUUUAAGUACGGGUGCCCAGAGAUAAAUGUGGUAGCCAGGUCACAUUUGCUAUUCCAAAAUUCAUUCGCGGAGUAUAUGAACAAUUUCCUACCCCAAUGGAACCGGGAUCGUACAAUACUGGAAUUGAAUCUGUUGUAA